GAUUCUAGGAGAAACUCUGUUAAAGAAGCUGAAAAUAAAACUAUUGGCUUGACUGUGCCUACUGAUGUGCCGAAACCACGUCCCAAAGCAAAUAGCACUGGAAUUGGUGUUACGGUUGAAGUCACUGAAUAUAUGAAAGGUAUCAUUGAUGAGAGUGAAAAAUCGUGUGAAGUGAAAUUUGGGAGCUAUUGUAUAUGGCGUCAAGAACACAAGGAAAAAAUGAAAGACGAUAUGGUGAAGAAAUUGAAGGAUCAACUUUAUGUUGCCCGAGCUUACUAUCCUAGUAUUGCAAAGCUUCCAGCACAGGACAAAUUGUCCCAUGAAAUGAAGCAAAAUAUUCAAGAGUUUGAGCGAGUUCUCAGUGAAACUACCACAGAUGCAGAUCUCCCACAGCAGAUUGAAAAGAAACUACAGAAGAUGGAAGCUGUAAUAGCCCGAGCAAAGUCAGUUACUGUGGAUUGUAAUAAUGUUGACAAGAAAUUGAGGCAAUUAGUCGAUCUGACAGAGGACGAAUCUAACUUCCACAUGAAGCAGAGUGUCUUCCUCUACCAACUUGCAGUCCAAACCAUGCCAAAAAGUUUUCAUUGUCUGUCAAUGCGAUUAACUGUGGAAUAUUUCAGAUCUCCUCCACCUGAUAUGGAUCAUUCAAGGGCUGAGAAAUAUAUGAAUCCAGCAUUGCACCACUACGUUAUGUUCUCCAAAAACGUACUCGCAUCAUCUCUAGUAAUUAACUCAACUGUUAUGAAUGCAAAAGAGAGCGAAAAUCAAGUAUUUCAUGUGUUUACGGAUGGAGAGAAUUACUUUGCCAUGAAGCUAUGGUUCUUCAGAAAUACUUACAAGGAAGCCACUAUUCAAGUAUUGAACAUUGAAGAGCUUAAUCUGAAUGACCAUGAGAAGGCAACUCCAUUACAGCUUUCCUUGGCUGAGGAAUUUCGUAUUUCCUUUCACAGUGUCGAUAAACCAUCUACAACUGGUGUUAGAACAGAAUACUUAUCUGUUUUUUCUCACUCACACUAUCUCCUUCCUAAGGUAUUCCCGACUUUUAAGAGAGUAGUGGUUUUGGAUGAUGAUAUUGUCGUCCAGCGAGAUUUGUCAGCCCUAUGGAGCCUUGAUAUGGAGGGUAAAGUGAAUGGUGCUGUUCAGUUCUGUGCAGUGCAGUUGGGUCAGCUGAAAAAUCUUUUGGGUGGGAAUAUUUCUGAUAGAAACUCUUGUGCUUGGAUGUCUGGAUUGAAUAUUAUUGAUCUAACUAGGUGGAGGGAGCAAAAUCUUACAGAAACAUUUCAGAGAUUGGUACAAGAGCAGCUGAACAGAGGAGAGGAAUUAAAUAAAGCAGCUACAAUGCGUGCAAGCUUGCUUGCAUUUCAAGGCCUAGUUCAUGCUCUUGAUGAUACAUGGAUGUUGUCAGGACUAGGUCAUGACUAUGGUCUGGAUAUUGAAGCCAUUAACAAGGCUGCAGUGUUGCAUUUUAACGGGAAUAUGAAACCUUGGAUAGAACUUGGCAUUCCAAAAUAUAAACGCUACUGGAAGAAGUUUCUGAAUCGAGAAAACCAAUUCCUGAGUGAUUGCAAUGUGAACCCAUAAAUAGACAACCCUGGUCCAAGAAGCUAGAAGUGUGCGUGAUGUCUAUUUUCAGGGUCCGAAAGAAUUUUCACCUGAUCUAGGUUUUUUGGCGGAAUCUGUUGCAAGAAAGAAACUGAGAUUUACGGUGAAUUUGACAGAGGUAAUUUCUUUGGUGAAUAAAUAAGGAAGAAAAUUUUGUCUACUACUUUCUGACAAAGCAGAGAAGCGAGAGUUCUAGCGACGGCUACGGUAAGUAUGCCUUGAGCACAACUGAUGAGGGUUGACAAUGCAAUUUUUUUGUAGGGAUUCAGAGGAAGAGCUCAGUUCUCUACUUUGUUGGAAUUAAUUUCCUGUACAUGAGGGGCUUAUUAGCAAGGUCUAUUGAAGAAUCAAAGACCACAGUGGAUAGAUGUUUGUUGGGUGAGAGAACAAAUUAUUUGAUUCCCUUCAGAGCUCAGUUCUCUGUUUUUUUGUUUUUGUUUUUGUUUUUUAUAAUUAUUAUUUUUUAUUUUAAUUUUAGUUUGUGUCAAUUCAGAUUUAUUUUCCUUACUGUCUCAAAAAUUUGAGUGAGGCUAAGUAGCAAUUUGUCAUUCACUUCGGGUAUUUCCCAUGCCCUCUGAACCAGUUAAAUGGAGAAAUGCUUCUCAUUGACAAUUUUGUUUCUAAGAUCUAUAUGAAUAGUUGCAUUAUAAUCA